AUGAAGAAGAGCAUCCGGUGCUGCAUCUCGUGCAUCCUGCCGUGUGGGGCCCUGGACGUGAUCCGGAUCGUCCACACCAACGGGCGCGUGGAGGAGAUCAGCGGCUCCAUACGCGCCGCCGACGUCAUGAGGCUCCACCCCAAGCACGUCCUCAAGAAGCCCUCUUCCUGCAUCGGCGCCGUCGUCCCCAAGAUCGUCAUCGUGCCCCCCGACGCCGAGCUCCAGCGCGGCAAGAUUUACUUCCUCAUGCCCCUCCCGCCCGACGCCCGCUCCAACAAGAAGCAGCGGAAAGACCACCACCGCCACCACAACCGGAAUAAUGUUGUUGUUGUUAGUAACAUUAACGACCACGACAAUCAUAAUAAUAAUAAUACUGUAAUUAGCAAGACCGAUCAUUCUUCCACAUCGGAUGUUGUCGUGUCGUCGGAUGAUCGGUACCUGAGCGAGAUUAUGUCGGAGAAGCAGAGGGAUCACCGGCGGCGAGGGCGGGCCGGCGUGUGGAGGCCUCAUUUGGAGAGCAUUUCUGAGUCUGCCAGCUUCCUCAAUGUCCCCACUACUCAUCCUGAUGAUGAGGAUGAUGAUUCUUUUUAA